AUUUUAUUUAGGAUUUAACGUAUGUGUUGACCGCGGAGUUUGUCAGGUAUCUGACACACUUAUGACAUGUGCAGACAUGCUACGCCUUCUCACAGUGUCCCUGUGUUCCUUCAGUCAACGACUUCAACAACUUCCCAGCAUGUACUGCUCCUCCUUCAGCCAGGUGGAGAAUACCUCAGCCGUGAACACCCUUUACAACCUGUCUGUUGAUGUUGGAAAAAUACGAAAACUGAAAGGUUGGGUGUUGCUUCAGAACCCUGUUUACGUCAUGGAAACAGUGGCUAUGUUGAGGGACAUUGGUGCCACAGAGCCAGUUAUUGCUCGAGUUUUGGAACUCCACCCUGAAGCUAUUCUUUGCACACCUGAGCAUCUUAAGAUUCAAAAGUUUCUCUGGAUGUCUGUUUGUGGCAGCCAGAAAGAUUUGGUGGGGAUCAUCGAAAAGUUUCCAGCCUCCUUUUUCACCUCACACUGCCAUAUUGAAAACAGGAAGGCCAACAUCUUGUUUUUCCAGAACCUGGGCCUAAACAAGCGCAUUGUUGCUAAACUAAUGGCAAGUGCCCCUCAAAGCUUCAGCAGACCUUUUGAGCAGAAUGAGCAAAUGGUCCAGACUCUUCAGAAAACCUACUUAGAUCUAGGAGGAAAUGAUGUCAGCAUGAAGGUUUGGCUACAGAAGCUGCUGAGUCAGAACCCUUAUGUUCUACAGAAGUCUCCAGAAGCUAUGAGGAAAAACCUUACGUUUCUCCAAGAGCAAGGCUUUACUAGCAGUGAGCUCCUCCAGCUUAUUUCAAAACUCAAAGGCUUUAUUACAGAGGUUCACCCAGAAUUAAUGGUUCUCACUUGGAGUUACUCACAGAAAACACUGUGCUGCCGUGAGCCUGAGCUUCGGGAGGUCAUCUUGAAAUGUCCAGCACUGCUUUACUACUCUGUGCCCAUCCUAGAAGACAGGUUCAAAUGCCUGUUCAGUGCUGGAAUUAGCCGAGAGCAAAUCAUGCAGACGCCCACGGUACUUGAACUGACUACACAGAUUGUUCAGUAUCGCAUUCAGAAAUUGUGCUCUUAUGGUUAUGAUGUAAGGACAGGCAGUCUGGAGCUGCUCAGUGGCACUUAUAAAGACUUUGAAAUUAGCUGUGGGAAAUUUUGUCUGAGGCAAGAGCGGCCUCAAUUUAAUCCAGUAGCACCUCUCAGGACUGAAGAGGAAGAUUAAGUGUUUUUAAACAUUUAAAAGAUUUUUUUCUUGUAGGCCAAUUGGCAAUCAAGCGAAGAUCUAUUUAUCGUAGUGCAGCUUGGGUCAACAUGGCUUAAGAACGAGUUCUAAACGAAUAUUUAAUUGAAUUGUAGCAUGUAUUUUGUUCUUUGGUGCAGUAACUGACUUUGGUAAACAGCUGGUAAAAAUAUCUGAGUAGAUAGAUAGAUACUUUAUUAAUCCCGAAGGAAUUUAAGGAUUAAUAAAUUAAGGAGUAAUAAAUAUUCCAGGGUGAGAUCAUAAGGUCACGUAAUGUAGAUGUCAGUGCUGGGACUAGCGUGCUUAGUUUUCUUACAUGUGUUAUUGUUUUAAAUGUGUAAAUGUUAACACCCUGAAAUUACAAUGCAGACAUUUAAUUACAGAAUUUAAGGUACAGUGAAAGUAAUACAAAUCUCUAACUGUGACAGUAAUGAAAAAGCAUUGGGGCUGUAUUUUAUUCCAGGCACUGCAAUGAAUAGUUGAUGUUACAGGGUUUUUUUCUUUUCUUUCAGAACAUUCUGCACAAUAUAGCAGGGAAAUGUAUUUACAGUAAUAAAAUGCUAGAUUAAAUAUUAUUACACUGUCA